UCCAUAUCUAAAUAAACAACGACUGGAUAAAGUACAUAGAAAUUAGGUCUUUUCAGAAAACCCAACAGGAAAAAAAAAGAGAGGAGCUUCUUCAGUUUCAAUGGAGAAGAGAAAUGGUCUACGAGUGAUUCUCUUCCCUCUACCACUACAAGGCUGCAUAAACCCUAUGCUUCAGCUCGCAAACAUCCUUCACUCAAGAGGUUUCUCCAUCACUGUGAUCCACACGCGCUUCAACGCGCCAAGAUCUUCAAGCCACCCUCUCUUCACCUUCUUAGAGAUUUCAGAUGGCUUGUCUGAAUCCCAGAUCAACGACGAGCCUACUUCUAAUGUUAUGUCUCUGCUCGCACAAAUCAACUGCAACGCCGAGUCCCCGUUUCGUGAUUGCUUGCGAAAGCUAUUGCUGCAAUCGCAAGAGUCAGAGAGGAUUAGCUGUUUGGUCGAUGAUUGUGGAUGGCUCUUCACACAAUCUGUUUCAGAGAGUUUUAAUCUUCCGAGGAUUGUUCUCUCUACUUUUAAAGCCACUUUCUUUAAUGCUUAUCCAAUUCUCCCUCUUCUCCGAACCAAAGGAUACCUUCAAGUUUCAGAUUCGGAAGCAGAGGACUCUGUUCUUGAGUUCCCGCCGCUUCAAAAGAGAGAUCUUUCAAGGGUUUUCGGGGAAGGCGGAGAGAAACUCGAUUCAUUCUUACAAGCGACAGUCGAAACGACAAUGAGAUCUUCAGGGAUAAUAUUCAUGUCCUGUGAAGAGCUGGAGAAAGAUUCGCUGACUCUUGCUAACGAAAUUUUCAAGGUUCCCAUCUUUGCGAUUGGUCCGUUUCACAGCUACUUCUCUGCUUCGUCAAGUAGCUUAUUCACACAAGACGAGACUUGCAUUCCCUGGCUAGAUCAACAAGACGAUGAAUCCGUUAUCUACGUGAGUCUAGGAAGCGUUGUGAACAUAACGGAAUCAGAGUUCUUGGAGAUUGCUUGUGGUUUAAGCAAUAGCAAGCAGCCUUUCUUGUGGGUGGUAAGGCCCGGUUUGGUCCUAGGCGCACAGUGGAUCGAACCGCUCCCUGAAGGGCUCGUCAGAAGCCUAGAAGAGAAAGGAAAGAUAGUGAAAUGGGCCCCACAACAGGAGGUUCUUGCACAUCGAGCCACUGGAGGGUUUCUGACACACAAUGGUUGGAACUCGACGCUGGAGAGUAUAUGCGAAGGGGUUCCUAUGAUCUGUUUGCCCGGAGGUUGGGAUCAGAUGCUGAAUUCAAGAUUUGUGAGCGAUGUUUGGAAGGUCGGGAUUCACAUGGAGGGGCGGAUCGAGAGAGAGGAGAUCGAGAAAGCUGUGAGGAUGUUGAUGGUGGAAAGUGAAGGAGAAAGGAUUCGUGAGAGGAUGAAGGUUUUGAAAGAAGAGGUUGGAAGAUCGGUUAAACACGGGGGCUCGUCUUUUCAAUCCAUAGAAACUCUAGCUAAUCAUAUUCUAUCGUUGUAACAACAUUGGGAAAUACCUCAACAUUUCUCUAAAAUGCAAAAAAUAAACUUGAUUAUGUUUUUCUUUCUAAAAUAAACCUAAAAUACAAAACAUCCUCAAUGCAUUAUUUUGAUUGUGGAAGUCUCUUAUUUGUGUUAAAACUUUUUUUAUUUACAAUGUACUAAAAGCUAUGUAUUGUAAGCUGUAAAGUCAUGAUGUAAACGAAAUUUUGUUCAUAUUCUAAAGCAAUAAACUCAGCACAAAAAGCAACAUCCGCGUCAUAAUCAUGUAUACACUUGUCAGUACUCAUCGUGAAUGUCUUUGGUCGUAGGCCAGUGGAUAAACUACUUUUCUUAUUGUAUUGUCUCCAUUAUCCACAAACGUCAUCUAAAAGGGAACAUAUCAAUCAUCACAUUUUUGCUUCUGCAAAGAAUCAAUUGCACAGAGAGGAAGAAGGAAGAACAUUUUGAAUGGAGAAGAGAAAUGGUCUCCGAGUGAUCCUCUUUCCUCUACCACUACAAGGCUGCAUAAACCCUAUGCUUCAGCUAGCGAAGAUACUAUUCUCAAGAGGCUUCUCAAUCUCCAUCAUCCACACGCGCUUCAACGCGCCCAAACCUUCAGACCAUCCUCUCUUCACUUUCUUACAGAUCCCCGACGGUUUGUCCCAAACCCAGAUACAAUCUCGGGAUGUGUUGCUUCAACUCACGCUUCUCAACAACAAUUGCGAGAACCCAUUACGAGAGUGUUUGGCUAAACUCAUCAAACCUGAUUCAGAUUCAGGAACAGAGGAAGCGAAAGUUAGCUGUUUGAUCGAUGAUUCUGGGUGGGUUUUCACACAAUCCGUGGCGGAUGGAUUUAAUCUUCCGAGGUUUGUCCUCUGUGCAUAUAAAUUCACUUUCUUUCUCGGACAUUUGCUUGUUCCCCAGCUUCGCCGUGAAGGGUUUCUUCCGUUUCCAGAUUCCGAAGCAGAGGAUGUAGUUCCGGAGUUUCCACCGCUUCGAAAGAAAGAUCUUUUGCGAAUUAUGGGAAAGAGCGGGCAGGUUGAGCCGCUCGAUUCUUACUUGCUUAAGAUACUCGAAACGAUGAAGCGAGCUCCAGGGCUCAUAGUCAUGUCAUGCGAAGAGCUUGACCAAGAUUCAAUUCCUGAGUCCAACAAAAUCUUCAACUUUCCUAUAUUCCCCAUAGGCCCAUCUCACAUCCAUGACGUACCAGCGUCGUCCAGCAGCUUGUUCGAACCGGACCAGAGUUGCAUUCCAUGGCUAGAUAACCGCGAAACGAGAUCAGUAAUCUACGUGAGCUUAGGGAGCAUUGUGAGCAUCAGCGAGUCUGAUUUGUUGGAAAUUGCUUUUGGACUAAGAGACACCAACCUAGCUUUCUUGUGGGUUGUCCGACCUGGUUCGGUCCACGGCAGAGACUGGAUCGAAUCGUUACCACAAGGGUUUAUGGAAAGUCUUGAUGGAAAAGGGAAGAUAGUGAAAUGGGCUCCGCAGCUAGAUGUUCUCGCGCAUAGAGCCACUGGAGGGUUUCUGACACACAAUGGAUGGAACUCGACGCUAGAGAGUAUAUGCGAAGGGGUUCCUAUGAUCAGCUUGCCUUUUGUAUGGGACCAACUGCUAAACGCGAGGUUCAUCAGCGACGUAUGGAGGAUCGGUAUUCACUUGGAAGGUCGCAUAGAGAGAAGAGAAAUCGAGAGAGCGGUGAGAAGACUAAUGGUUGAACCUGAAGGAGAAGAUAUCCGAGAGAGAAUUAACGCAUUGCGAGAUGAAGUGAGAAGAUCGGUUCAACGAGGAGGAUCGUCCUCUCGAUCUCUCAAUGAUCUUGUUGAUCGUAUAUUAUCAUUCUAGCUUUGUAUAUUGAAUUAUGUAUAUAUUGUGAUUCUUGUGAUCCUUUUUUUGAAAACACUCUUUGCUCUGUUUUUGCAGCUUUUUGCUUAGUUUAUCCUUCCUUAUCAUAUGGUUGAGUAUUUUAUGCCACCACAUUUUGCGGCACAAGGCAGCAACUUAGUUACCCACUGGUACAACGGGCAGGAGAUUUGCAUUUGGAUUGAGAAAGCUUCAAUGGCGAAGAGUAACGGCCGAAGAGUGAUCCUGUUUCCACUUCCACUACAAGGCUGCAUCAAUCCCAUGAUACAGCUCGCCAAGAUCCUCCACUCAAAAGGUUUCUCCAUCACUGUGAUCCACACGCGCUUCAACGCUCCAAAAGCUUCAAGGCAUCCUCUCUUCACCUUCUUACAGAUCCCAGAUGGCUUGUCUGAAGCAGAGACAAGAACUAGCGAUGUUACACUUCGCCUGGCGCUUCUCAACCGACGCUGUGAGCCUGCGUUUCGUGACUGUUUGACUAAACUGUUGCGAUCUGCAGAUUCAGAAACAGAGGAAGAAAAACAGAGGAUUAGCUGUUUGAUCGAUGAUUCUGGAUGGAUCUUUACGCAACCCCUCGCUCAGAGUUUGAAUCUUCCGAGAUUGGUCCUUAAUACCUAUAAAGUCUCCUUCUUCCGGAACCACUUUGUUCUUCCUCAACUCCGGCGUGAAAGGUAUCUUCAGUUACAAGAUUCAGAACAAGAUGAUCCAGUAGAGGAGUUUCCACCGCUUCGAAAGAAAGAUCUUUUACGGCUUCUCAAUGAAGAAAGGAAGGUACUAGACUCGUACUCGAUAAUGAUCUUGGAAACGACCAAGGCGUCUUCAGGUCUCAUAUUCUUGUCGUGUGAAGAGUUGGACCAAGACUCACUGAGUCAGGCCCGCCAAGAUUUUCAAGUCCCCAUCUUUGCGAUUGGACCUUCUCAUACCCGCUUCCCGGGCUCGUCUAGUAGCUUGCUCUCGCCCGAUGAGACUUGCAUUCCAUGGCUAGACAAACAAGAAGACAAAUCCGUGAUUUACGUUAGUUUCGGAAGCAUCGCAACUAUCAGCGAAACAGAGCUAAUGGAGAUUGCUUGGGGUCUAAGAAACAGCGACCAACCGUUCUUGUGGGUCGUACGUGUUGGUUCGGUCAAUGGCACGAAAUGGAUCGAGACAAUCCCGGAAGAACUCAUGGAGAGGCUUAACGAGAAUGGAAAAAUAGUGAAAUGGGCCCCGCAACAAGACGUUCUGAAGCAUCGAGCCGUCGGAGGAUUCUUGACGCAUAAUGGUUGGAACUCGACGGUUGAGAGUGUUUGUGAAGGCGUCCCAAUGAUCUGUUUGCCAUUUUUCUGGGACCAAAUGCUCAAUGCAAGAUUCGUCAGUGAGAUAUGGAUGGUUGGGCUGCAUCUAGAGUAUCGGAUCGAGAGGAAUGAGAUCGAGAGAGCGAUAAGGAGAUUACUGUUAGAAACUGAAGGAGAAGCAAUCCGAGAGAGGAUGGAACUUCUUAAGGAGAAAGUUGGAAGAUCGGUUAAAGAAAACGGUUUGGCUUUUCGAUCUUUAGAAAACUUGGUUGAUCAUAUUUCAUCGUUCUAAUACUGGCGUCUACAUAAAUAUUGAUCAUGCUGUUUAAUAAAACCUUCUGAUUUGUUAUAAUCUUACUGGUUUGUAAAAUGGUAUGAUAACGAUAAUGUAAUUGUGACAUGAUAAUUAGUAAUACAUGUUAUCCGAAAUAUAAAUUAGUCA